AUGAUGGAAACAGCAGUGACCCUCCUGGCUCUGUUUUUCCUUCAGGUCUCCUCUUCAGUACCUGUAAGCCAUCCGAGGAACUGGCUGAGACAAUGCCGUGCUUCUGCCAACCUCUCCAUCACAGCACUGGAGGUGCUGCCAGGUGGAGGCUGGGACAACCUCCGGAACAUGGACAUGGGUCGAGUCAUGAACCUCAGCUACUUCCAGUGCCAGACCACUGAGGACGGGCUCUACCUCAUUCCAGAUGAAGUUUUUGUCAUCCCCCAAAAACAGACAGGUGUGGAGACCAGCUCAGAGAUCAUCAGGUCCUGGCUUGAGCAGAAAAGCUCAACAUCAGAAAGCAUCAAUGCAGACAUAUCCUUCACCAAGGUGCUGAAUGGCAAAUUUUCUAGUGAGAACAAAAGAAUGAAAACACAUCAGGUCAAAGAAUCUUCAACCACAUCCAAAGUGCAGGUUCGUAACUUCAUCUACACAGUUAAGGCUUAUCCAGACUUCACUCUAGAUGCACGAUUUACUCAGCAAGUCAGAGACAUCGCUGAUGCAAUUGAAAACAACCAGACUAAAAAUGCGGACUAUCUCUCAGAGAUGAUGGUGCGGGAAUAUGGAACUCAUGUCAUUAAUAGUGUGGAUGCUGGGGCGGCUUUGGUGCAGGAGGACUAUCUCUGUUCCUCGUAUGUAUCAAACAAUGAGUCAGAAAGUUCCUCUGUGAAAGCACAGGCUGGCUUAAACUUCUUUGAUAAACUAAAGUCUGAAAUUAGCAGUCAAAGUGCCCAACAGAGCUCUUUACUUCAAACAUAUCAGUCCAAAAUUACAUACUCUCUCAUUAACAGCCAUGGAGGUGCACCCUUUUAUCCUGGAAUCACUCUGCAGAAGUGGCAGGAAAGUACCAGAAACAACCUUGUUGCCAUUGAUCGUUCAGGAUUUCCUCUGCACUAUAUUAUAAACAUGAACACUCUCCCUGAUCUCUCAUACAUUACGAUUGGAAAAGUUGCUCUUACGGUUAGUCAGGCCAUACAGCGCUACUACGAUAUCAAUUCUCGCCCUGGGUGUGUUGAUACCAACUCCAAGAACUUCAACUUCCAGGCUAACAUGGAUGAUAAUUCCUGUGAAGGUCCAGCUACAAGCCUUAGUUUUGGUGGUGUCUACCAAGAGUGUUCUGAAUUCUCUAUAUACAAAACUUCACUGUGUAGAGACCUGAGUCUGAACCAGGUAAACCCUGAUACAGGUAGCUUCUCCUGCCGUGCACCUUACUCUGCAACCUUACUGAGAACAGAGACGAGAUCGAUGGGGGAUUUCACUUCUGUUUCGGUCAGUACCUACUGGUGCUUUUUUAAUGGACAGACUUCAGAAAACUCGGGGUAUCUGUUUGGAGGUAUAUACAGCCCCUCUCUCCUAAACCCUCUUACAAAAACCAAAAGCUGCCCCCCAAAUUUUAUUCCACUAACAUUUCUCUCAGAUGGUGAGAUGAUCUGCGUGAGUAAAGACUAUGAGACAGGUACCAGAUUCUCAGUACCAUUCGGAGGUUUCUUCAGCUGUCAGUCAACCAACCCACUGGCAAACAAUCAACGCAGGUGCCCUCCCAAGUUCAGUCAGCACCUUGCUGCAAUCAGUGAUGGCUGUGAAAUCCUCUACUGUGUUCAGUCUGGACUGUUCACAGGUGGAGAGCUCAAACCAAUUCGUCUGCCUCCGUUCACAAAACCUCCACUUAUCAGCAUGCAGGCCACCAACACAGUAAUGGUGAUGACUGAAGGAGAAAACAGCUGGGUGAGAGUGGGCCAGACCAAAAUGUGGAAACUUGCCAAAACAGAAGAAAUCCAG